AUGAACGUCCCUGCCGCAGUUCACGUUCUUCGUCAAGCCAACUUUCCUGACGCAGCUUUGCGACUGGCGCAGCUGUCUGGGCGUUUCGCAGAUCGUAUCGGUAUACUCAUUGAAGAUAUGGAUAAUUGUGCCGCAGCAUUGGAAGAAAUUGCACAAUUUCCAUUUGAUGAGUCAACUGAUUCACCGUUCUCCAUCCUCUCCGCCUCGUAA